UGACGGACUUCCUCGAGAACCGGAAGUUAAAUAUUCACUGAAAGCGCACAAGUGUAAUCUUCUAAACACACACUCGUUCGGAUCUUGUUGUAUUUCUUCAGUCAUUUGAUUCUCAUUUUCGUUGUUUUCUAUUUCAAAACAAUUUUUUUUAAUGGCAAUUAGCAAUACGGCGCUGUUGCCAUAGAAACGUCACGCGGCCCAAGCUCGUCGUCAAACUUUUGUGUCGGUCAAGGCGUCCUGAACAAAUUUGUACACCGAGAGCGAAGUUUACAACAAAUAAAGUGGACUAAAGUAAAGUCUAUCGGGGGUUUGACGAGCCCGACAUCUUGCACCGCUUGUUUGUUUGUUUUUUUGUCUUUGCAGCCAUUAGUUUGUUAGCAUGUCGGAGGAGGAGCAGCAGCACAAGCUGAAGAUUUCCAGCAGCUCGGACGACAAGAAGAAGAAGAGAAAGAAAAGGAAGAAGAGGAAGAAACACACACCUCCGCGAUACACGGUUGACCCAAACCCAGCGGUCGAGCCGGCCGUGCGGGUGACCCCGGUGCCCCGAGGUCAAACGUCCAAACGGCGAGCGGCGUGCAAAAAGAACAAAGAGCCGCCGAGGGAGCCGCCGCCACCCGCCGACGACAUCCCUCCCGACGACGAUCCGGUCACUGCGCCGGACGAGACUGUGCUGGACGAGCAUGCGAGGGAGUGCCUGAGGUGGGAGGGGGUCCUGCCGGACCCCUGGGCGGAGGAGGAAAGGCUGGAAGCCUACCGGGCCAAUAGGAGGCGCCGUUACGCGGCCCUGCGGGAUGCUCAGCUAAACUAG